AUGGGCGAUCAUCUCAUACCCACAGAUAUCCCGCUUAUCAUAACUUCAACUACGUCCACUCCCGAACCAUCUAGGCGGCAAAAAUCGUCCAAAAAGAGCAUCGCUAGCAAAAGCAGCAAAUCUGAGAGCCCCAAAACAAACGAGAGCAAGUCUCCCGAGGCAGAAACGCGCAGAAAGAGCCGAACCAUUGGCGGGAGCUUAAAGUACGAGAUCGGUAGAAAUCAAUCAGCUGCUAAUUUACUUAAUUUUCCUAUCAAAUGGUCGAGCGUGCGGAUCAAAGGACCGGGCUUUGAUGAGUCUCGGAAAAGUGUCGUCAAAAUCGAACCGUGCAAUGGCAUGCCGAAUAUGAGUUUGGACUUUCACAAUCUUAAAAGUCCUACGCAGGCGAAUAUCAAGAAUAACAUUGGCAACGUACUCUCACUGGGCGCUGACGUCCUACCUGAGUACAAACUUCAAAACCCGCGAAUACACAACUACACAAUUCUUCAUUACUCUCCCUUCAAAGCCGUCUGGGACUGGAUAAUUCUCAUUCUGGUCAUCUACACCGCCAUUUUUACACCUUACGUCGCAGCUUUUUUAUUAGGAGAACCGGAUUUCAACAAUAGGAAAAAUAAGAAAUACAGCGAGGAUCCGAUAGUCAUUAUCGAUCUUAUAGUCGAUGUGACGUUCAUAAUAGACAUUCUAAUAAACUUCCGCACAACAUAUGUCACCGGAAAUGACGAAGUUGUGUCGGAUCCGGGGAAAAUCGCCUUUCACUACUUGAAAGGAUGGUUUCUGAUCGACUUGGUGGCGGCGGUACCCUUCGACCUCCUCUUCUUCGGUACCGACACAGAUGAAGUGAGUACUAAAGAAGUAUGUAUUACUACCGGAAUAUCUCUUUUGGAAUGUCCUGAAGGGUUUUUUUUAUGUUCGUGUGUCUAA